AUGUGUGCCACUUCGUCCUACCGCAGCGCCUCCCAGUCGAUGGCAAUGCGGCUAACAGUGUAUAUCGCCGUAAGUCUAGCACUGUGCAGCCUGCCCGCUAUCUGUCAAGCUACUAGUAACAAGUACGCUGAUGAUGGCAAACCAGAUGAUAACCACUUCCAUCAUAUCCGUCACAAACGCGCCGUAAUGUCCCUGUGUGCCGGGCAGGAAUACAACACGUCCAAACAGCGUUGUUGCGAGGGAUCCAUCGUUAACAUUCCGGCCUCAUUGAAGGACUCGUCCGUAGUGGACAUCACACGCUAUGCGUGGUGCUGUGCCUCAUCAGCAUACGAUAUUCGCACGUCGUUGUGUUGUGCUGGCUCACUACGUUCCGAUGUGGUGAGCUGGGCGGAGAGAAGGCAUCACCGCUGCUGUGCCAGUGACGUCAUUGACAUUAGGAAGGAUUUCUGCUGCGGCGCCGCCGCCAAGCCUCUCGGUACUGUGCCCCGGAGCAAUGCUCAAUGUUGCGCUGGCAGCGUGUUCAACAACAACAUCACGGGAUGCUGUGCUGGUAUCGAAUUCGACAAGGCCACACAGCUCUGCUGCGAGGGCGGCAUCACGUCUGCGGGAGGUGUAGACACGCACAUGUGCUGCGGCGCUACCAGCUACGCCCUGGCCGAAAUCGAGGCCCAAAACAUGCUCUGCUGUGAUGGGCAGGUGCUUGAGAAUGCCGGCGGACUCGGCUGUUGCGGCGGCGCCACCUAUGACAAAGUGGAAAUGGGAUGCUGCGCUAAUGAAAUCUAUGAGAAGCAGAUGGAUUCGUGCUGCGACGGUGCUCUCCGCCCUGGCUUUCCCGAGGCGGAGUACGAGUGCUGUGCGUAUGGUAUGGCCUCGAUAGCGGCAGAGAAGAUGUGCUGCGACCGGACCAUUGUCCGCGGACGGCCAGAGCUUGGUCAUGCGUGCUGUGAGAGGGAAAGCUACAAGGAAGGGGCGCAAGUCUGCUGCGGACCGGCAGGAAAGAAGCAAGUCUUGUUCGGAUCUGACUGCAUAACUGCAGCAUCUGAAAGAUCUCAACACCCAGACCCCAAACUCGUUUUCCUAUGGUAG